GGCGUGGCUUGAGUUCGGCUGUAUUUCAUUUGGGAGGGCGACGUCCCUGUCUGACAUCGUCCUCUGAAGGCUCUCGUGCACGAAAGUUUUUCUCCACCAAAGGCAGCAUCCUUGACUGUGUGAGCUGUAACCAAUCAUGGAGCGCUGCUGCUGUGGGCUGCUGACUGUAAAAGAAGAACCAGUUCCUCUGAAGAGCGUGGAGGUGGAGGUGGAGGUUCGAGACCAUGUGGCUACAGUGGUCUCCACUCUAAACUAUGAGAACCAAGAGGACAAUCCACUAGAGGCUGUUUUUGUUUUCCCUCUGCCUGGAGAUGCUGCUGUCUGUCAUUUCAGCGCUAAGAUCGGGCAAACAGAGAUUGUAGCUGAGGUGAAGGAGAAACAGAAUGCUCGUGAGGAGUAUGAUGAUGCUUUGAGCUCUGGCCGGGAAGCCUUUCUACUGCAGGAGAGUGAAGAAAGUCCAGAUAUAUUCUCUCUGAGUGUUGGCUGUCUUCCUCCAAAAGAGAGCGCCUCAAUCAGACUGGAGUAUGUCAUUGAGCUAGCUGUUCAGGCUGAUGAUGGGCUGAGGUUUUGUCUUCCUGCUGUGCUCAACCCACGCUACCAACCUCAAGGAAGUGGAGAUGAAGGAGACGACAACAUUCGUGUGACAUCGAUUCCAUCCACUGAGAUACCCUACACUCUGUCUUUCUGUGCCCGGGUGUCGUCUCCUCGUCCGGUGGUUAAAAUAGAGUCCAACUGUUCCCUUGAUCCUCUUCAGUAUCUCAACAAAGAGCAAACCCAAGCCACGACCAAGCUGGCUGCUGGACACAAGUUUGACAGAGAUGUUGAAGUGCUGAUUUAUUACAAAGAUGCCCACCAGCCCACUGCUGUGGUGGAGGCUGGAGAGGCCUCUGCCAAACCUGGCACUCUGAUGGGUGACCCAGCUGUGAUGCUGAGUCUGUAUCCUGAGUUUCCCCAGUCUGUGAUGUCUUCAGUCGCUUCAUGUGGAGAGUUUGUGUGCCUGCUGGAUCGAUCUGGGAGUAUGGAUUCAUCACUGAACAACAGUGAAAAUAGCCAGACUUGCAUUGAAAGUGCCAGGGAUACUCUCCUCCUCCUGUUUAAGAGCAUACCAAUGGGCUGCUAUUUCAACAUCUACAGUUUUGGAUCCACCUAUGAACACAUCUUCCCGAAGAGUGUGGAGUACAGCCAAAAGACCAUGGAGGAAGCUCUGAAGAAAGUUGGAGAGAUGGAGGCUGAUCUGGGAGGAACGGAGAUCCUUCAGCCCCUUGAACAUAUUUUCAGCCAGCCCUGCAUUCAGAAUCAACCAAGACAACUCUUUGUCUUCACUGAUGGAGAAGUGUUUAACACCAAAGAAGUCAUCGAUCUGGUGAAGAGGAAUUCACAUCUACACAGAUGUUUCUCUUUUGGGAUUGGGGAAGGAGCCAGCUCUGCUCUCAUUAAUGGGCUGGCCAAGGCAGGAGGAGGUCAUGCUCAGUUUAUCACCGGCACCGACAGGAUGCAACCCAAAGUGAUGCAGUCACUGCGAUAUGCUCUGCAGCCGGCUGUGAUCGACGUCUCAGUCUCCUGGGACCUACCAAAGAACGUGUCCGUCUCUGUCCUCUCUCCACCAAUCACAGCAGUGUUCCAGGGUCAAAGGUCGCUGGUUUAUGGCCAGCUCAGUGGACAGAUUCCAGAGGCAGCAGAGGGCUCUGUGACAGUGAAGUACACGCUGGCUGGUCAGCCCUCACAGAAUCAGUUUAACUUCAGCCUGAAACCUGCAGAGGACUCUGGACUAACAGUCCACAGACUAGCUGCCCGGACUCGGAUCCGUUCCCUGGAGAUGGAAAACCGAGAGUCCGAUGACCGGGAGGAUGAAAACAUCAAGAAGAAAGUGGUGGAGCUCAGUGUGCAGUCAGGAGUGAGCAGUGUCUUCACUGCCUUUGUUGCCGUCAACAAAAGUGAUGGUGAGGCAAUACAAGGACCUCUGGUGCGCAGAGAUGUGCCGACACCCAUGUUGAUGAGCUGUGGUAUGUCAGGACCUCCUCCUCGUCCCCUUGCUUAUUCUUGUGCGAUGACCAGAUGUGCAAUUUCAAUUGAACCCGAGCUCUUAUGUAUGGAUGAUGCCAGCCUACCUGUGGAUGGCCUCCAGCCUUAUGAUCCCAGCAGUGCUCCUGAUGAGGGUCAGAUGAUCCAGUGUGCAUCUUCAGGUGGUCCACUUCCCUUCAGAAUCGUAGGCAUGGAUGAAGAAUUGUCUGUGCCCAGUGAGCCCCGUGUGGACCCCAUGCUUCAGCUGGUCUCCCUCCAGAAGGCAUCCGGCAGCUGGGACCUGGAUCCAGCUCUUGCUGCUGCAGUGGGCAAAACCACUGCAGAGGUGGAAAAGCAAAAGCCUGCACCGGCAAACCAGGAAGUAUGGGCCACCAUUCUGUCUCUGAUCUGGCUUAGUGGUUUCCAGAUGGACGCUAGGGAUGAGUGGGAGCUUCUGGCCAUGAAGGCCGUGUCAUGGCUUCGUGCACAGAAUGCAUCACAUGUGGAGGAGUGCGUGGAUGCUGGGAAUGCACUGCUGGGCUGUAAAGUGCAGAAAGAUGCUCUGGGUCUUUGAGGGCUUCUUUACCAGCUUGUCCUGUAUUGAGAUUGCCCCCACUAAUAAGCAGUUUGCACAAUGAUAUGAAUUUGUCUUUGAGGGGCUGCUGCUGGUCCCUCAUGCUUUUGCCCAUGUUUUUCUCUUUGUACUUCCUCCUGGGAAAUCAGACUUGAAUCUUAUAAACUGAGACUACACGAUAGGGGCUGACUGACUAUGGGCCUGGCCCGUUGGUGGUGAUUUGGAGUUCUGAGAGUGGAGGCUCUGGUUGUUGGUGGAUGAAUCUGUCGGUGUGUGGUGUGCUGGGUUGUUAAUCUGGUUGCAAUUAACACACUAUAAGAACUAAGCAAUGAAGUCUGUCAUUAUUAUUGUGAGGACUCUCAAAUUUUCAAAGUCAGCUCAGAUUUUAAAAAUAUUUAAGUGUGUGCUUGACUAUAAUUUCCUGUAAUUCUUCUAGAUUAUGCCUUUUUUGUGUGCUCUGAACAACUGACAAUUAAACUUUGAGAU